AUGUCGAAACCAGUCUUGUACCGCUUUGGUGGCAGCGUGUGGGCUGCUGUACCCGAGCUUGCCUUUGAGGAGCUUGGCUAUACCGACCAAGUCGUACAAGAGACCGUGUCUGUCUUGGAGGGAGAAAACCUCGAGCUCAAGUAUUUGAAGAUCAGCGCCCAGGGAACCCUCCCCGCCAUCGUCACCCCAAGUGGCGAGCUUUACGAUUCGAGCACGAGCAGUACCCAAUACCUGAUCAAGAAUGCGCCCCAAGGUGCCAAAACUGGCAAGCCAGCCGACCCUAAACUCCUCGAGAUUCUCCACGCCGACAACAUUGACCCAAACUUCUUCCUCCUGGCCGCACGUAAUCAGGAAGAACUCGAUGCGAAGAACCAAUCGGUACCCGGAUACUUUAUUCGUGCUCACCACAAGGUUCUUCAGCGCGUCGCACCGACUGCGCCUCCUGAACUCAAGGAUUUCUAUGACGCCAAAGUGACCAAAAUUAGCGGUCUCAAUGCCAUUUACACCCCAGAUCUCCCUACAUACCUCCCCGAACAAGGAUUCCUCGGUGGUGACAUCCCUGGUGAAGCUGACUACCACGUAGGAGCAUGGCUCGCACGUAUUGCUAGCGUCUUGGGCGCAAAGAAUGAGACUGGGGCAUGGAAGUCAUUCGAGGUAUUUGGACCUGUUCCAGAGAGCUUGCAGAAGUAUUGGGAAGCGUGGACGGCGAGAAAGUCGUGGAACGCGGUCUACAAGGAUGGGCUUCAUUAA